AUGAGAUUUUUUUCACCUAGGACACUCAAUGCUAAGUCUUGGCCCUCCAGAGCCGACUACGACACCUCAAAUUCCAUUGAAACUCGAAAAUACCUCAAGACCUACGGUCUGACUCCUCCCGGUGUCGAAACAUUCGAGAACCAGCUCAAGCGAUGUCUUGCCAUUCUCAACUCGCGGGAGACGCCAAUUGAGAAGUACCAAUAUCUCUCCGUCCUUCGCAACACGAACGUCCACCUCUUCUACCGAUUGUUGUCAGAGAACAUCAAGGAGCUCACUCCUCUCAUUUACACCCCUACUGUAGGCGAGGCGUGCCAAAGAUGGUCGGAGUUGUACACACAGCCAGAGGGUCUCUACCUCUCGUACGAGGACAAGGGGCAUCUUCACUCGGUCAUCCAAAACUGGCCUCACGAUGUCGAGAUUACUGUCGUCACUGACGGUUCCCGCAUCUUGGGUCUUGGCGACCUUGGUGUAAACGGCAUGGGAAUUCCAGUCGGAAAGCUCUCCCUCUACACUGCCUGCGCCGGUAUCCACCCAUUGAGGACACUCCCACUCUGCUUGGAUCUCGGGACGAGUAAUGAGGCUUCCAGAAACGACCCUCUAUACCUUGGUAGCAGGAGGCCUAAAGUCACUGCCGAAGAGGAGAAGGAAUUCCUUGAUGAAAUGAUGGCUGCUCUCACCGAGCGAUGGCCAAGCAUUGUCAUCCAGUAUGAGGACUUCAAGAACCCAUUCCCAUCUCUCGAAAGAUAUCAGGACACCUACACCAUGUUCAACGACGACAUCCAGGGUACCGGCGCUGUCAUAUUGGGCGGCUUCAUCAACGCUGUCAAGCAGUCCGGUGUAGCCCCAGCCGAUCAGCGUGCUGUUUUUCUCGGCGCCGGCAGUGCCGGUGUCGGUGUUGCUAAACAGCUGACUGAAUUCUUCAUGAAGGAGGGCCUGUCUGAGGAUGAGGCCCGGAAGCGAUUCUGGCUCGUUGACUCCCAAGGUAUGGUCGCUCUGGAUAGACCUGGCAAGCUCGCCGAGCACAAGCUCUACUUCGCUCGUGACGAUAACAACGGCCAACAAUACAAGACUCUCGAAGAGGUUGUGGAAUACGUCAAGCCAACUAUUCUGAUGGGUCUCUCCACAAUCGGUGGCGCUUUCACACCCAAGAUUCUGGAGCGCAUGGCAGAACUAAACGACAAGCCGGUCAUCUUCCCACUUUCCAACCCGUCAAGCAAGUCCGAAUGCACAUUCGAGGAAGCGAUCAAAUACACCAAGGGCAAGUGUUUGUUCGCUUCCGGUUCGCCAUUCCCAACCCUCAACUGGGAAGGCAAGGACCUCACUCCUGGCCAGGGCAACAACAUGUAUGUUUUCCCGGGAAUCGGCCUCGGUGCUAUUCUCUCGAAAUCGGUCAACGUCACCCAAAACAUGAUCUACGCAUCCGCCGAAGGUCUUUCAACAUCGCUCUUACCCUCAGAAGUGGCCGAUAACUGGCUAUACCCCGACAUCCGCCGCAUUCGCGAAGUGUCCGUCGUCGUGACUCGCGUUGUCAUCCGUGCCGCACAAAAGGACGGCAUGGAUCGUGAACUCGCUCUCCGAAAUCUUUCGGAUGAAGAGCUCGAUGAAUACAUCCGUGCUAGGAUGUAUGACCCCUUUACGGAACAUGAGAAGAUUGGGGAGGAAAUUAAGGAACUCACUGGACAUGCUACUGGUAUCAAUGGCUCAAAGUCUUUAUCUAUUGAGAGGCCUAUCACGGCUGACGGUGCUCCUUCUAGUGGACAACAAACUCAUGGCGAACCUUUGAGUGCGCAUUGA